CUGGGAUUCGGGAGGGGGAAGGACCGAUGUCCCCAGCCCUCGGCAGCACAGACAGGGAUCUGCACCCCCUCGCAGCUCUGCACUGAUCGGGGCUGAGGUUCCUCCUUCCUCCUUGGGGCUGGCCCUCGAACAGAGUCAGGCUGACACUGAGCACUGAAGCACCAUGUACGAGCUCAACGAAAGCAGCUUUGAUCCUAUCACCUUCGUCCUGACGGGCAUCCCGGGCAUGGAGGAGUCCCACAUCUGGAUCUCUGUCCCCUUCUGUCUGAUGUACAUCACCGCGGUGUUAGCCAACUCUGUCCUCCUCUUUGUCAUCAUCACAGACAGGAGCCUCCACGAGCCCAUGUAUCUCUUCCUCGCUAUGCUGGCAGUUUCUGACCUCAUGCUUUCAACAACCACAGUGCCCAAAAUGCUGGCGAUUUUCUGGUUCAGAGCCAGGGAAAUUUCCUUUGAUGCCUGCAUUACACAGAUGUUCUUCACCCAUUUCAGCUUCAUCGUGGAAUCAUCCGUUCUGCUGGCGAUGGCGUUUGACCGCUACGUGGCCGUCUGUGACCCGCUGCGGUACUCUUCAACCUUAACCCCCUCAGUGAUCGGGAAAAUAGCUGUGACUGCCAUCGUCCGGGGGUUCUGCAUCAUGUUCCCACCCAUCUUCCUCCUCAAGCGGCUGCCCUACUGCGGGCACAACGUCAUGCCCCACACCUACUGCGAGCACAUGGGCAUUGCCCGCCUGGCCUGCGCCGACAUCAAAGCCAACGUCUGGUACGGGCUGACCACGGCUCUUCUCUCCUCUGGCCUGGACGUUGUGCUCAUCGCUGUCUCUUACGCACUGAUCCUCAGGGCAGUCUUUCGGCUUCCAUCCCCCGAGGCUCGUCUCAAAACCCUGAGCACCUGCGGCUCCCACCUCUGCGUGAUCCUCAUGUUCUAUGUGCCUGCCUUUUUCUCCUUUCUCACGCAUCGGUUUGGCCACCAGAUCCCAAGUCACGUUCACAUCCUCCUGGCCAACCUCUACGUCGUGGUCCCACCAAUGCUCAACCCCAUUGUGUACGGGGUGAGGACCAGGCAGAUCCGGGAGCGUGUCCUCCGCCUCCUCUGCCCCGCGGGGGAGUGCCCGUGUCCUGGGUGGAGGAGCAGAUGCUGAGCCAGGGGAGGCGGGGAUGCGGGACAGGGUCUGGAACGCAGCACCAAGCACUUCUCACCCUGGAGGAACAGGUUUGCCCAACAGGUUCAAGAGAAGCUGUGUGGCAGGAUUUCUGGAAACGUGGGCUUGCGUCAUCAGCCCCUUCAUUGCUACCGGUUUCUCCCAGAGAUGCGUCCCCUGAACGGUCCAUCUAGCAGACACUGGGCACAGUUCAGUUGAGGAGCAUCAAGGCUCUUACACCUGGUGAUUUACCACCACUACUGCUGCUGAUUUUGUUUGCUGUCCUACAGCUUCGUUUCUAUUUGUUCCUUCACCUGUUAUCUCAGUGCCUAGACUGUGAACACCUCAUUGGUCAUCAGACUGGAGCCUGGUACACGAACCAUAGCUGGAUUGGCAAAGUGCCGUUUACCAUGGCACAGGUGAUGAUCUGUCCUCCUGUCUUCAAGGGUACAGCUUGCAUUGCUGAGGGACCCUGGCACCUCUUGCUGCUGAAGGUGUUUACAUGCUGAAGAGCCCUGUGAGGUUGGGAAAAGCUUUAUUGGCCUGUGUUUAAGGGAAACAUAUCCCUUAAACCGCAACGUCCAAAACUGAAUUCAAGACUCUAGUACGGAGUGCAAAGGGGCGAUGGUCUCCUACAUCCUACACAGUCCACAGGGACGUUUUCUGUCUUUUCGAGAACACUGCGCUGCUGAGCAGAGCUCAGCGUGAAGCACAUUGCACCUCAGGAUCCUCUUCUGCCCAUGCAGCUGGCUGAUCGCCCACCACUUUGUUGCUGCACAUGUGAUUUAUCCUCCAUCACCAAAAUAGCCUUGUUGAAGGUUUUGUCUGGUUCCUCUCAUUGCUGUAUGUACCAGUUGCGUCAAUAAU